AUGUUUGUGAUUUAUUUCACGUCUGAUUCCAGUCAAAAUAAUUAUUCAAAAUUCUUGACACAUGCAAUGCAUGCUUUAAGAAUUAAUGAAACAUUAUAUUUUCAUCAAUAUUUAAACAUGGGUAUAUCAUUAGAAGGAGAUCGUGAUUGUAAUUUGAUAAACCGAUCUCUCUGCUACACCACAAAGAAAAGUUUAGUAGUGUCUUUCUGGCGAGAUAAUUCUCGCAAGAAAUGGCUAGCAAAAAAUAUAUUCAAAGCCUUUCCAGGUGAUCACUUUACUCGUGUAAUCAUGAUACACGAUAAGUCAAAUUGGCUCAACUUCCCUAAUCAUGAGCAAUUUAUUUGGAUACAUGUAAAUGCUCAAAAACGGUUUUGGUAUAUGAAACGUUUCAUCACACCAGAGAUUCUGAGCGCAUACAAGUAUAUCUGGGUCCUUGAUGACGAUGUUGAACUAUUAUUUGAUUCUUUACAUUAUGAAUGUGUUAUUGCACAACUGAACGUAAGUUUUUCGUCUCCGGGUCGUCUCAAAGGCAUCACUUCUCAUGCAAUCACACGUGUAAAUCAAGAUUACGUCAACAAGAUUGGCCGAUGGACAGAUUUUAUCGAAAUCGGCCCCAUAUUCGUUGGAACAUCCAGCGCAUGGCAAUGUCUAUGGCAUUAUAUGAGUGCUUUUGUGGGACUAGGCUGGGGAUUUGAUCUAGUUUGGUGUAGAUUGCUUGCUCAUAAAUGUUCAUUAAAUAUAACUAUGGAACGUUCAUGCGCCGUGCUCGAUAUUUUCGGCGUCAAUCAUUUAUCUGAAUACACUGCUACAACUGCUUUAGGAAGUCAAGAAGUUCCAGCUUACAACGAAUAUUAUGGUAACUUUCACACUAAACAAGUUAAUAUUGCACCGUUGGCAAAUGAUAUCAAUAUUUAUUCGUCAUGCAGCAAAACCCGAUGA